AAAUAAUGAAACACAUUAUGGAAAAUCUGUUUAAUUAAAAUGGAUAAAACUAAAUGCAGCAUUAAUUAAUGUGUGUGUGGUCCAUUUUGUAUGAAGAAAAAAGCAGCUUAGUUUCCUCCACUUCAUCACAAAAGAACAAAAGCAAUGGUUCAAACAUUUUAUGGCCAAAAUACUUUUAAAUAAUUGAGUUUUUCAGCUGUCAACCAAAAACAAAGAAUAUGACUAAAAUAUUGUAUAUUUCAUAAAAUAAUAAUCAGUGUUAUUUUGUAAAUGUCCCAGUCUCUAACUGACCCAGACCUGGAGGAUCUUCUACAACACAACCAGGAAUCAGAUGUAUUAAAUAAGCACAAACAUCCAUACGAUAAAUGUUCUGUUGAUGGUACAAAGCAUCAGGCAUAAGGACCACAACACCACAACAUCAACAGGUCACCAGGGGACAUGUUUAAUUGUAAUCAGAACUAUAACAACAAAGAAAAAAAGAUUCAAUUCAAUUCAAUUCAAAAAAUACUUUAUUAAGCCCAGAGGGAAAUUGAUUGCUGUAGUAGCUCAGAAUAAUAAUAAUAAUCAAGUCAUCAAAGCGUUAUUGUAUAUUACAAUGGCUGUUGGCAGGAAGGAUCUCCAGUAGCGGUCAGUGUUGCAGCGAAACUGAAGAAGCCUCUGACUGAAGACACUCUUCCGUUGUCGGACAGUCUUGUGAAGAGAAUGCUCAGGGUUGUCCAUAAUUUUCUUGAUUCUCUGGAGAAUCCUCCUUUGCAUUAUCUCCUCCAGUGGUCAAUCAGCUGCUCCCGAUGUUAAACCAGCUUGUUGCCAUGGUUACGCAUCAUAACAAAUGUUCAAAAACUGAAAAAGCUAAAAAAAAAAUAGCAGUAAAAAUCCUCCAAGCUUCACAGCACCAGAAACAGAAAAGUAAAGUGUCCAAAAAAUACAGUUUUUCUUGAGAAACUAGAAGAAAAAAUGUCCAAGAAAAGGCAUAACUUACAUAUAGUCAACAGAGCUACUCCAACAUGCAGCCGCACAGAGCAGUGCAGUUCCGGGAGAACAAAAAAAAUAAUGAUAAUAAUGGUCAGGGAAACGGAAUCUACCAGCAUCAGCUUCCUUUGAUGAUGUCAUAAAGGGCACAGUCCUAUAUAAAGGGCAAACAUAAAACAGGCACACAGACAGCUUCAUUUGCAGAUUGGUUUUAGACCUGAACAGACCUACAAUGGCUACUGGUGGACCACACGAGGGAAACAUGGAGGUAUUUUCAGACACAUAUGAAGCUGAAUUAGACCAAAGAUAUGAGAUUUUACAAAGAGAAUUACGAGAUCUGGAAGUCAAAAAACUAGUUUUUGGUAACCAGGAACGCGACUUUGAACAAAGGGUGGAUGCGUUUGAGAAAAACAUAGCUUGCAUCAGGGAAAGUCUCCAAGAGGAAAGACAGAAAUUGGAAACAAAAACGCAGGAUCUGGAGAAAAGAGAAUGCCACUUUGAGGAUCAACAAAAGAAACUAACGAAUCAUGUUGAUGAACUAAAGACUAGCUCUCAGAAAGGAAGAGAUAAUUUUGUUUCAACUCAGUUACUCGACGAACACAGAGUAAAGAUUGAGUUGGAAAACAGGGAACUGCAGAAACAAAGACAAGAAAUUCAAGAUGAGUGGAAUAAGAUUAAAGAAACUCAAAUUGCAAAUUGUGAGAUGGCCAAAAACUUGAAUAAGACACAAGAGAAAGUCAGAGAUUUAUGGAAAGCUUUACAGGUAAGCGAAGAGAGAUCAACAGAAGAAAUUAACAACUUGAAAAGAGAUCUGGAAAGACAGAAAUUAGAGUUUAUCGAAUCUAAGGAACAAACAGAAAGGGAGUUAACUGCAGAAAAGCAGGCUCUCCGCGAUGAGAAGGAGCGUUUAAACGCUGGGAAAAUUACUCUACAGAACCAGAUCGUUGAGUUUCAGACUGAAUCAGAGCAGAUCCGACAGAUUCUGCUCAAAGACAAACUAGAUGUUCAACUUCUGAGAGAAAAUCUGCAGGAGGACAAAUUGGAGGUAAUGAAAACAGCAGAAGGGUUUGUGAAAGAUUUCAACGAAAGUUUACAGGAUUUGAAGGAGAAGCUGGAAUUUCUGAGUCUUGAGAAGAGAAGUCUGGAGGAAGAGAAACAACGUUUCCUGAUAACUAAGUCAGAAUCAGAGAAGGAACAAGGGAGGCUUUACAAAAUCCUCGAGGAAGAAUUAGACAAUUUGCAUUUGGGAAAACAAAGUCUGGAAACACAAGUGAUGGACUUUAGGGAAGAAAUUGCUGCAGCAGGUAAGAUCUUAAAAGAGAAGGAAACUGCUCUAGAAGAAGGGCUGGAGGGUCUGAGAUUUCAGAGAGAAACUCUGGAGGAAGAAAAGACAAAUUUCCAGUUAACAAAGUUCAGAUCGGAAGAGGAGAAUAAGGGAAUACAGGCUUACCUCCAACAAGAGCUGAAAAAAUUACGAGUUGGGCAACAGAGUCUAGACAAACAGAUGAUGGAGUCUGAACAGAGAAACAUAAACUCAGAGCAGAUCAUUCAAGACAUUCGACAGGUUCUUCAGGAAGAGAGAGACUGUUUAGUAAUGCUCCGACAAAACCUGGAGGAAGAGAAACAACGUUUCCUGAUAACUAAGUCAGAAUCAGAGAAGGAACAAGGGAGGCUUUACAAAAUCCUCGAGGAAGAAUUAGACAAUUUGCGUUUGGGAAAACAAAGUCUGGAAACACAAGUGACGGACUUUAGGGAAGAAAUUGCUGCAGCAGGUAAGAUUUUAAAAGAGAAAGAAACUGCUCUAGAAGAAGGGCUGGAGGGUCUGAGACUUCAGAGAGAAACUCUGGAGGAAGAAAAGACAAAUUUCCAGUUAACAAAGUUCAGAUCGGAAGAGGGGAAUAAGGAAAUACAGGCAAAAGAGCUGGAAAUAUUCCAAAUUAGGCAACAAACUCUCAUCAAACAGAUGACAGACUCUGAAGAGAGAAACAUAAACUCAGAGCAGGUCAUUCAAGACAUUCAACAGGUUCUUCAGGAAGAGAUAGACUGUUUAGUAACGCUCCCACAAAACCUGGAGGAAGAGAAACUAGAGUUUAUGGAAAAAAGGGAAGCAGAAACUCACCUUUUAAAGGAGAAACAACAAGCUCUGGAAGAAGGGGUUGAACUUUUGACUCAAGAGGUAAUUAAUUCUUUGGAAGCGAGAAUGGAUGAAAUUGACAGACAUAUUGGACAAUGUUUCCAGCUUCUUCAAGAGGAAGAGGGGGAUUUAGAUCAGAUUGUGCAGGAGCUGGAAGCAGCAUUUUUAAAUGUCGAAGACGAGCAGCCACCUGUGGAGGACGAGUCAGACAGUCCCACAGCUGCGUCUGAAGAUCUGGGGGAACUGAAUUUAGAAAAAACAGUGACUACCCAGGUACCCAGUGACGGGAACCCAACUGUUCCCAGUCUUCAUGAUGAUAACGACGAGCUUCCAGAGAACCCCGGGCCUGCCCAUGGGAGCACUGAAGAAGAAUGGGAGGCUGAAGAGCCAACGCCUUCUACAUCUGGCAUAGGAUCCAGCUGGGACUAUUCCGACUUCUACUAGAGAUGACUUCUUCCAGAACACCAAUGAAGAUCAGAAAAGCAUAUAAAAGUGAAGUAGGGAGCUUGGCAUGGGUUUAGAUUUUUUAAAACUAGGAAACAGAGAAUUUGAAUCAGGAAAACGUAAAAUUUUCAGAGAGAAGAAACUGAAUGGGUGAGAGAGUAGAUGCUGCAGACCUGCAGGAACAGGAUUGCAGGCAGAGGAAAUAAUACGAGCAGCCAAUCUAAAUUUAGUAAGUAGUAACACACAGUAACACGAGGGGUUAAACAAAGGCUCAAAGUUUAGAAGAGCAGAAAAUUAACCUGUAGUUCUUCAAGAGCUUCUGCAGGAGGAAAUAGGAAUGGGUUAAAGAGUUUAGCUCUAACAAUUACGCUUAUCAGAGCUUCUAGUUUCCGUAGACUAAGAGUCAAUACCUUAGAUGGGUUGGCUCUUGAUUUAAAAUGCCACUACAUUAGAGAGUUUUUACACUAUGUGUCUAGGAUGUAGCUUCUUCCACCACCAGGUACUAAAAUAAAAACGAAGAAAAAAAACGCAGCACAGGUGACAUCUCAACCGAUCAAAUCAUUUCUGUGUCUUCCGUGUGCUGCGUGGGGGUUUUCUCUGGGUGCUCCAGUUCACCCCCAACACAAAAUCCUAAAAUCCUGACACAUUAAGCCUAAUUUAUACUUCUCCGUCAUCGCCACGAGGGAGAGGCACACUCGCAACGGACGCAGACAAUUUGCCCUCAGACUUCUCCGUCUCCUGGGGAGUGUUGUAAAGCAAUUCCCCGCCAGGACAUUUAACCUUCUCAGGCUCAAAAUAAGUGGGGCCGACUGGAGCUAUCCGAGCAGGGCCGACCAGGUACGGAUGGGAAUGGCCCAUAAGAGUCAGUACCUUAGAUGGGUUGGCUCUUGAUUUAAAAUGCCACUACAUUAGAGAAUUUUUACACUAUGUGUCUAGGAUGUAGCUUCUUCCACCACCAGGUACUUAAAAUACAAACGAAAAAAUUACCACAAAAAAAAAAACGCAGCACAGGUGACAUCUCAACCGAUCUAACCAUUUCUGUGUCUCCGUGUGCUGCGUGGGGGUUUUCUCUGGGUGCUCCAGUUCACCCCCAACCCCAAAUCCUAAAAUCCUGACACGUUAAGCCUAAUUUAUACUUCUCCGUCAUCGCCACGAGGGAGAGGCACGCUCGCACGGAUGGAGACAAUUUGCCCUCAGACUUCUCAGUCUCCUGGGGAGUGUUGUAAAGCAAUUCCCCGCUAGGACAUUUAACCCUCUCAGGCUCAAAAUAAGUUUUGAUAAAAGGACGAACAUCUAAAUCCUUCAGGGGUACUUCUGAGUUAAAAGUGCUCACGAAACACGUAUGUGGAGUAACCAGGUAGGUAGGCUUAUACGUUGCAAAUCUGCAACGCCUGCCUCCAGAGGGUUUAAACACGAUGAAAAUAUACUUUCUAUCAAACAUCUCACAUCAAUCCAGUUAAUUUAAUAGGUUUUAAAGAUCAUUGUCACAGUUCUUUCAUGGAUCUGUAUUUCUCUACAUGGACUCAUCAUGUUUUGCUCCACUGAGCUUGUUGCAGGUGGGUGUGUCGGAGAGUCUCAGCUGUGGCUGAUUUUCCCAUCAGCAAUUCAAUUCAGUUCAAUUCAAGUUUAUUUAUAAAGCGCCAAAUCACGACAAGAGUCGUCUCAAGGCACUUCACACAGUAAACAUUCCAAUACAGGUCAGGGGUCUCAUUUGUCAAACAUUGCGUAGAAUCCUUACUAAAACCGUACUUAAGCUCAGCAAAAAAAAAGUACUUACCCCAAGUAGGUUUGUGAUCUAUCAAACAUGGAGUACGCACAGCUGCACGCAAUCUCCGCUUCAUAAAUCAGAGACUAACGAGAAUGUUUCUCAACUGCAUUUUAGUCACAUCCCGCCCUCACCACGCCCACUUACUGCCAUAAAUAGUCAAUGCAAAGUGCCUUGUAGAUCUCAUGCAUACACAUAAGCCGGCUGUUGCAGCGUUCCGCCAAUGACGAUGGCGACCGUAGAUCAAGGCAGAUCAAGGAAGCGCAAUUUCACAGAAGCAGAAAUUGAGGUACCUGUUGGUGAGGUGGAGAAAGGAAAGGAAGUGCUUUUGCAAAACAAAUAAGAGAAAAUCCACAGAGUGGCACAGUGUUGCUGAAGCCGUCAAUGUUGUUAAUUCUUCAGAGAGAUCUGUGGCGGAUAUAAAAAAAAUGGUCCAAUCGGGAUUCGAUCCCCAGACUACCAGGUGAAAGUCACACACGCUAACCAGUCAGCCAAACAGAAAUCUCCCCUGUUCAACUAGCCAGGGCGCAUGAUCAAUCGGGUCACAGUGAAAGGACACGCACUGUCAGACGCAUGACAUUCUGUCUCAAUCUGCCCCCCUGCUGAUAUUCUGCAUUCCGUAUUCUGCGCUUCAGGCUGUGUGUGUGUGUGUGCGUGUGUGUGAGUGUGAGUGUGCACAUGCGUGU